UGAUACUCAGUACCCACGUGGUCGUGGUUUUGUGUGCUAAAUGAACUUGAGGAGUACGAGUCGUCUUAUAUUCAAGGGUGUAAAGUUGCUUUCAGCCAGAGCAGUCACUGUAAGAAGUAUGGCCUACUCAAUAGAGGAGCGUGGCAGCCAAUACAGUCUUGACUACAGAGUGUACUUCAAGAAGGGUGAUAAGUAUGUGUCACCAUUCCAUGAUGUCCCACUGUAUGCUAAUGCUGAGAAGACAGUGUACAACGCGAUCAUGGAGGUGCCCCGAUGGUCUAAUGCCAAAAUGGAGAUAUCUGUUGCGGACAAGUUGAACCCCAUUAAGCAAGACGUGAAGAAAGGCAAAGCACGUUUUGUGAGCAACGUGUUCCCUUACCACGGGUACAUGUGGAACUACGGUGCACUGCCUCAGACGUGGGAGGACCCCUCCCAUAUGGACCCCAACACCAACUGCAAGGGAGACAAUGACCCUCUAGAUGUGUGUGAGAUUGGGUACCGUGUGGCCAAGAGGGGGGAAGUGCGACAAGUCAAAGUGCUUGGCUGUGUGGCUCUCAUUGAUGAGGGUGAGACGGACUGGAAGGUACUGGCGAUUGAUGUAACUGAUCCACUAGCGGAGAAACUCAAUGAUGUGUCUGAUAUUGAGACGGAGAUGCCUGGAUUCUUAGCAGCCACAGUGGAGUGGUUCACAAAGUACAAGGUGCCUGCUGGAAAACCAAAGAAUAACUUUGCAUUCAAUGGAAAAGCAAUGGACAAAGAUUUCACCACCCGUAUAGUGGCUGAGACUCACGACCAGUGGGAGAAGUUGAUGAAGAACCAACAUUCUGACCCCACCUCCAUUAGUCGAGCCAACACGACGGUGGCGGGUGACUAUCUCGUGUCUCAGACUGAUGCUGCCGGAGUAGUGGCCACUUCACCACCCCCCGCCCCAGACACACCCAUUGACCCCAUUGUGGACAAGUGGCACUAUGUGCAGUGAAGAACUUAACAAUAUUAAAUUGCUGUUUGAAUCAAAUUUUAAACUGAUUUUUUUGAGAAUUGUGCAUCAAAUGAGAAAUGUAAUUAAUUUGCUGAGAGA